UCUGCUGCAGGAUUUGAGAGCAGCGUACCCUGCCAGGAGCCACGCUACAUACCAGUGUCACGUGGGCUACUUCAUCUCUGGAGGUGAUGGCACACUGAGAUGCGGAGAGGAUUUGCAAUGGGAAAGAGGAAACCUGCGCUGCCUGAGGAAGGUCUGUGCUCCUCCACAGUUACAGACAGAUAUUAUUGUUACCCCAGAGCAGCCCAGCUACACCAUUGGAGAGAGGGUUGUCCUAUCCUGCCCUGCAGGCAGUAUAUUGGACGGUCAUUCUGAGCUCAUGUGUGGCUCCAGUCUGCAAUGGUCUCAGGACAUGAACAGCAUCAGAUGCAACACAGUUGCAGUGACCACAGGACGACAUGAGACACUGCAGUGUACUCCGUGGGAGAAGAUUAAAAAUGGAAUAUGCGUUUGCAAAAUGCCGUAUGAAUGCAGCUCUUCUCUGCCGGUUUGUGUGGUGGAUAUCAAGUCUGGCCGAACUAUUCUACUGACUUUGUGCAAACUCUUUGCUCUGAAAUGUCUGGGUCGCCAUUAUAAGCCAGCGGCAGACGGUGACUGUGUGUCCCCAGCACCCUCAGGGGGAGAGUGUGGGUCCUGCUCACUCUGGGAGAGAUGUGAUG